AUGAUCAAUCACAAACUAAAGCAGUUGCAGGAAUUCUUCGAGGCAUGCCGACGGGGUGAUAUCGAGAAGGUGAAAAACUAUAUCGCCGGCAAAAAAAGCAAAAAGCCUCGCACUCCGCUCAAAGCAUUAAUCGAAUCCGAUAGACUAUUGACAUCGGCUAGGGACAAAAGAGGCUGUGUACCGUUACAUUUGGGAGCAUGGAACGGUCAUUUUGAAGUUGCUAAGCUCUUAGCCGAAUCAGAUCCGGACAGUGUUGAUGCAGUAAACAAUGCGCAAGAGUCGUCCUUACAUCUAGCCGCUCAGCAUGGUCAUGACAAACUGGUUCGCGUCCUUCUCGAGCAUCAUGCUGAUCCACGACUCCGAAAUGCCCGUUUCGAAACGCCGUUAGAUGUAGCCGCACGAACCGGGCACGCCGUUGUCUGCAAAAUUCUUAUUGGCUUUUGCCCUGAACUGGCUUUACAGUCAGCAGUAGACUGUUCGUCUACCGGUGAAAAUGGGCGAGUACGACCACAAGUGGUGUAUCCUCUUCAUGCUGCCGCAAGGCAUUCCCAUAUCCAGUGCCUGCAGAUUUUGCGAUUGGGUGGUUUCGACAUCGAUUUUGUGACUGAUGAAGGUUCGGCCCUUCAUGUUGCUGCAAUUUUCGGUCAAGUCGAUGCCGUUAGAUACCUGACUGAUGAGGGGAUCAAUCCUCAUAUGCGUGAUAGUAAGGGCCGAACAGCGCUGGAAGUUCUACGCGAGCAUGAGCAACAUCGUACUUCGGACCUGACUUAUAUUAUUCAAAGCCGAGAAGGAUGGAGUGAAUGCAGAAAGAUCAUUGAUGGUACAACGUUCCUUCGUCGACGGCAACGUUUAACAAUGCACCGUUACGACGAUCCGAUGACACCAGAGAAGGUUCCGUACGCCGAACGCGGAAUCGCUCGAUUCCCUAUCACAUCGCCGAUGAACAAAACUCGCCAUCAAAAGUCUAAACGGACCAGUGACACUCUUCCGGUGAAUUUCAGUGGAGUGAGAACAGGAGGAGUACAGCAACGAGGUAGCAUUCUGCCGUCUGAUCCGCAGAACUGUAUCUAUCGUGCACCACCGGUUUAUGACGUCUGGCAUCAGAAGUUCGUACAAAGUGAUGGGAUCACGCACACAUAUAAUCCGGCAUUUCCUUAUGAUAAUAUCCCGAAAAAUCUGCUCACAUAUGACAAUGCACCACCAGGCCAUAGUCACGUUCGCCUGUUCUACUCUAGGGAGAUGUCAGUGUUUUCAUUGUUGCCCUUAAAGUUUGCAGUAUUCUUCUUUCAAGGGUUACUGAAACGAAGUGUUAUAGCAGCUUCACCGGAUACUCUUUCAAAUGCUACCCCAACAGGUCGAGCCCCCCUCGCUAUGCCUGAGGAGCUAACCGGAAGCACAUCGACGAGCAUUUUAAGCUCGAGUGUCUCCCCUGAACGGGACGCCGUUUCGCGUCUCGUCUCAUCGAACAACAGCGGUGCCAAUUCUUCGACACCACAAGCGAUUGAUGACAUCUUGUCGUCAUUUGGCGGAGCCGUGUGUCGAGAAUCGGUGUUCGCUGCCAACUAUGAGCCUCAGGUCGCUGUGUUUCUUCGAGAUCGUCGAUCUCAGGCUCUCACACUUCAGCUCACGUCACCGCCGUCGGCUACCCGCCUCAGCUCCAGUACUGCCUCAUCCUCGUCGUAUAAACUUGAUCCCGACUGCGUGAAUAUGAGCCACUGGCUGUGCACCGAGGUUGGCCUUUCAAGUCAAAAAGCCUCUGAAGUUGGUCGAACACUGACGAAGGCUGGUUUUGACAAAACUACGCAGUUGGAAGGCUGCCUCACUGCCAGAGAGUUAACUGCACUAGGAAUCGAAAAGUCCAUUCAGCAACAGAUUCUAUCCUAUCUGGCUACCACAACUGAUACCCGACCUAAUGCUAAUAAUUUCAAUUACGUUUCUGAUUGGUUAUGUUCGCUGGAGUUGACUGACUAUCUUGGAAACUUUGUUACUGCCGGCUUAAAGUCAAUGUUGAUUGUUCGGACGGCAGAUCUUACUAGGGACCACUUGGAGAAGAUGGGUAUUACUCUACCAGGUCAUAUAGCACGAAUUCUUCACUCUCUGAUGGAGGCCAAGAUAGAGGAAGCGUGUCAGAGGAGUGAGCGACUGAGAGAGAUGCGACUAGCUGUCACGUCUGCUACCCCAACAUCAAGUAUUCUCAAAGAAACUUCCUCCGAGGAAAGCACGUCGGCCUUUGAAUGUGCCGACAUUAGUGGAAACGAGGCAGUGAAACGUGACUUAAUACACGGCCAUGCCUCUUUCUCAGCGCAUUAUCUUGGCAGUAUGGAGAUUUCCAAUAUUGAUGGUACCGAGGAAAGUCGACGAGCAAUGGCUAGACUCAAGAAAUCGAUCCGAGAGAUCGCUAAGGUGCCACAGGUCUUCCUUGAAAUCUCUAUCCAUGGUGUACGGAUACUUGACGGCAAGAACGGGCAACUGGCUGUUGAACAUGAGAUUUCUCACAUUCAAAUUGUCUGCCAAGAUGAGAGGGAUUUGAACUGCUUUACGUACAUAUCUCAGGAUGCCGAAAAGAACUUAUGUCACGUGUUCUGUGUACUUACAGCUGAUGUCGCCACAGAGAUCAUCGUGACAUUAGGACAAGCGUUCGAACUCGCUUACAAGCUGCAGAACGGUGCUGCUCUUGAAGAAAUUGCCGACGUUUAG